CCCUCGGCUUAUAAUGUAAUUCGUAUGAAAUUCGCUAGGGGUCUACCGCAUGAUGGCAGCUUAUCAUCAAAAUCAUACGGUAUCCCACAAGCCCGCCUACAUUAUUAUGCAUAAUGUGUGUACUAGAGGCGUCACCGACACCCUAAGCUAUCUGUGAAUUAGUGAAAGCUGGGGAAUCCAAGCCGUUCGCGCAUUGGAUCAUGCCAAAGCACCAGGGUUUAAAGUCCACUUUAAUCGACCCCUGCUAUCUGACAGAUAUCGGACUCGACAAGACCCCGACCACCACUUAUCCAAAGAGGAGGUUGACUGAUCCCCAAAACAACAGUUGUAGGUAGAUAGCUCAGCGUCUUCGGUAGCCCGCAUGCUCCUUUAAGUGCGUCAGCAAAUAGUUCAUUUUUCUUCUCAGCUGAAGGCUCUGCUGAUGGUAUCACAAACGUAUCAGUAAUAUUCUUAUUGAAAGCUCCAUGACCGCUCCAAAGGCACGGAGAUCAAGAACAGGAUGCGUCACUUGCCGCGGCCGUAAAGUUCGCUGCGAUGAACAGCGCCCUAUUUGCAGCGCGUGUACAAGAUUGCGUCUGACAUGCCGUUACGUGGAACCAGGCGAUGCCGCGGGUCCCCGCAAGAAUGCCCGGGCCCGUCCCCCGAAGUUCCGGGUCCGGUUUGUUGACGCCAACGCACCCAAAGGCCAGAGCCAAGGCCAGGUGCCGGAGGCGGAACUUCCAAGCGGUCCUACUCCACUCCCGACCAUACCCUCACCGGGUGACAUGUCAACUACCUCCUCAGCCUCAAGCUAUCAGGGCAUGACCUCGAUGGGGUCCGCAAUGCAUGAGGGGAAUGACUUCGGUAGCUUCUCGAGGUUGACGCUCUCUCCGGUAUGGUCGAGUGAGAUAGUUCAAGGGUCACCGAGCAAGGACCCCAUAACGAACUUUGAUAUCUCUUACACCCAGAAUAGCAACAUUCCCAUAGAAGGGUUUGAUCCCGAAGCUGUCGAAAGGAUGUUGGAUUCCAUAUGUUUCCAACCCGACAUGGGCUUCGCUUGGGACUCUAUGCCAAAGUAUGGGAAUUCUGAGAUCGAGUGUGGCGACAUUGCUCCUAUCACUAACGCCACCACCUACGAAGAGGUAAUGUCUACUAACAUACCAUCCACAUCGAUGACGGCACGAGUGUCGGAGAUGGGAGAAACAGUUACUAUCCACGCAGAAGACCGAGUACUUCUUGAUCAUUACCUAAGCACUAUGGUCCAAUUUGCCAAGCUACGAAGCUCGGCCACCGACAACAUAUACUGUUAUAUCUUCACGAAUAUGGGGCUUACACAUGCUCCUCUGUAUGAGGCCAUUAUGGCCUGGUCUUCUCUACAUUUAUCACACGUGAGGUCGUUACCUUCAAGCGAUGCGGAGGCCCGGUAUCAACGCGCCGCCAAACUUCUGUACAAUGAUGUACGGGCAGUGGAACAUGUCGACCUAACUCUAGUCACGGUCUGGAUUUUGCUCCAAUACGAACUAUUUUCUGCGAGCGGUGUCGAUCGUUUUAUUCGGUUACUAAACUAUGUGGCGGAUGUUGUGGAAGGCAUCUUUAAACACCACCACAUCGACGAUGUCAGAGAACAACUCGGACCUGUAGGACUCAGAAUGCUCAUGUGGCUAAGUGCAUACGAUAGUCGAGCCGCACUGAUCGGGAACCCAUGUCGCCUACUUCGAUGCUUAAGAAUGAAUCCAUCUAUUUACAAUAUAGUUGAAAGCAAAAGCGGAGGCUCAAGCGAUCACACCACGGCACCCAUCGAUUUUGGGAACUCAGAAUCAAAAGCAUGCCUACGCCUAGCCAUGCGCUUAAAUAUUGUUAGGGGCUCUUGUAUAGUGCUGGGUAAUUGGCAAGGAGAUGGUGCCGAGUCGGAAUAUGAGUCCUCCUGGAUUACACUCCAUUCUAGUCUUGAAUCUAUUUGGAAGGAAGUCGAAGAAUCCACCGUACCAGCUUCGAAGCUUGCCAUGCGCGUAUCAAACGGAGACAUGGACAUUCCCGUUGCAAUCAGUUCACUCGAGUAUAACUGGAUACAGCUUCUCGCCACAUAUUAUUCAAUUCUCAUAAUCUUCAUGCAGCGCUGCCCACGAACCGUAUCGGAAAUGCAAGAACGGGAAGCAGGCCCACCCCCAUGGCCUAGUAUAGAGAAAUGUGCGGCGAGAAUAAUUCGCCUGUCACGACACGUCACAUUGUCACGUCCAGACUCUCCACAAGCUAUCUGGCCACAAGCACUUUUCCAAGCUGGGGUAGAGACAAACGAUCCGAUAUAUCAAUCCUGGGUUUUAACCACUUUCGCGCAAGCAGAAACCUGGGGUCCAAAUCUCCGUAGAACAAGGCUCCUUUUAGAGCGGAUCAUCAAGUUUCCGAAAGAGGCCAAAGCGAACCUUGAUAUCAUAGCACUAAUGGAAGAUUUAGGCGGACCUUUCGUCGUCUAAUGAACAAAGUAUGGCUUUUUGACGACACGUGCUCCUGGCAGAAAACGAUUUCAUCAAAUUAAAAGA